AUGGUAUUUCACAUUUCGCGUUCAACGCGCCUGAGCGUUGUCAUUGGCAUCUCGACGUGUUUCUUUCUAGCUGAAAUAUCUUUGGGAUUUUAUACGCACUCUAUUUCUUUGAUUGCCGAUGCCUUCCACUAUGUAAGUGCGCACGUGGGGUUCGUUGGGCAGGACAUUAACAUAUUGCAGCUUAAUGAUCUCGUUGGAUUUAUCAUUGCCCUUGUCGCAUUGAAGAAAUCCGAGCAAGCCGAUUCGCCCAAUGAGCUUUCUUUCGGUUGGCAGCGAGCUCAGCUGCUUGGUGCCUUUUUUAAUGGUGUUCUUCUCCUCGGCUUGGGUAUUAGUAUCUUCUUGCAGUCGAUUGAGCGGUUUAUCGCCCUGCAACGUAAGUCAAUGGCCCUGAGGAUUCAUUCCAGAUCUAACGAGGUUUCAGAUGUCAACAAUCCUAAGAUGAUGUUUAUUGUGGGUUGUGUUGGACUGGGACUUAACUUGAUCAGCGCUGUCUUUCUUCAUGAACACGGUCAUGGUCAUGGUCAUGGUCACGAUCAUGGUCCGUCUACGAUUGAGAGCCCGCCUGAUCUGGGUGAGCACUGCCAUGAAUCUCACGCCACGCACCAUGAACACAAACAUCUCCAUCUUGAAAAACCUCACUGUGCCGACUCAGGUCACGGCCAUGGCCACAGUCACGGUGGCCACGAUCAUGGCGACCUUGGGAUGAUGGGCGUUAUGAUCCACGUCAUUGGAGAUGCAAUCAACAACCUAGGAGUCAUGGCUGCUGGUCUAGUCAUCUGGCUAGCAGCACCCCAUCCCGGUCGUUACUACGCCGACCCCGGUGUGAGCAUGUUCAUCGCCAUCCUGAUAAUGCUGUCCUCUCUUCCAUUAAUGCGCAAUGCCGGGUUAAUCCUGCUAGAAAGCGCCCCGACCAGCGUUAAUAUGAACGAUGUCAAACAUGAUCUAGAGAAGAUCAAGGGCGUGACAUCAAUUCACGAGCUUCAUAUCUGGCGCCUCAAUCAGCAAAAGACGCUUGCAUCCGUGCACGUUGUUGUUUCCGAUGACUCUGUUGAGGACUUCAUGAAGGUUGCUCGGGUCAUUAAUGAAUGUUUCCACGCUUAUGGAAUCCACUCCAUCACACUCCAGCCUGAGCUCUCUGAUGGUACUGAUGUCGAUGUUGCCCAGGACAGUGAUAAGCCGCCUCGAUGUCAGGUUAUUUGCGGCACCCUGUGUGAGCAGUUGACCUGCUGUGGUUAA